AUGGCAAUCUCGGCAAACACACGCUUUGAAUGGAAACUUACUAAGCCAGGGAGAUGGGAACGGGAUAUUGAUGAGGUAGAAGAAUUCUACGCCUCGUUGGCGAAAGCCUAUGAAGGAACAGGAAGAGUCUUCUUUGCCAUGACGGGGCUCAUUUCGAUUUCCGUUCCUGUACAGCCAGGUACUGGAUUCCUCGAAGCAGAGAGAAAAAUCGAACAGGCGCUACAAAAUGCCUGGAUUCGUCUGCGGUUCGACCAUCCAACCAUCGCUUCCAGGGUACAAUAUGACCCGGUUCAGAAAAAGUACAAGAAGAUUUACCAGAGCUUCACCGAUAGCGCAUCCCAGCGUCAAUGGCUGGAUGAUACGUUCUGUGUCGUAACAGAAAGAAUGUCGGGGUUUGACUGGUGCAAUUCCGAUCCCCCAGUCCCUGCUCUACCGACACUGUACCUCGUCAAAGCCCCAGCCUCAAUUGACCAGACUUUCCGCGCUGAUCUUGUCCUCCGCUCACAUCACGACAUCAUUGACGGUAUGGGCACCUUACUUCUUUUCAACAAUUUCUUUUCUCUCGCUGCCGAUGCAUACGAGCAAACCAAGUACGAAUUGCCUCAAUUUGGCGAAGAGUGGUCAAACCUCAGCCCGCCUCUGAGGGUAGCAGCCGGAAUAACGGAGACCCUCUCACCUGAGCACAAGGAACACAUGCGCGGAAUCCUCAAACACAACGCCUCAUUGAGGGAAGGCAUUCAAACAGCAAGCCCGCCAUUCCAGCGCCAAAACACGCUCCCCGGAAAGCACCAACGGGUUGCAGUUACUUUAUCUGAGAACACAACAGCGAGGCUGUUGGAGAAAUGUCGCAGUCUCGGGCUUAGUGUCACGCAUGCAUAUCAUGCCGCAAUUGCGCUGGCUGUUCGGGACCUCCAGGAACGGAAGGAAAAUGAGCGCAUGGUGCGAUACAUAAGCUACUGUCUGGUCAAUGAGCGCCACCACUGCAAACCACCGUACAGUACACCAAGCCAUCCUGCAUCGGUUUAUCACUCCGUCUCCGGUCGAUGUUUGGCCGUCGACCUCACUGUGCCCGCGCUAGGGAGCUUCAAAGAUACUUCAACCGAUGAGGAAAUCUUCCGUGCUAUUGCUCAACAUGUCCGAGAUUACUAUCUGGAGAUUCGUGACAAUCAAGAGUAUAUCAAGCUCGUUCCAAGCUUUUGGGCGAUGUCAAUAUUGCCGUAUCCUGGACCCGACCUCCCUCAAAUCCCAGCACGGAAUGAGACCCCUUCAGUAUCUAUCUCCAGUAUGGGCGUGCUGGAUAAAGUCAUUCGCCACAGUUAUGGUAGCUUCAGCGUUGAAAAUCCUUGGGUUACCGGGGAGGAGCUUGGAACUGGACUUGGAGUGUUCCUAGAUACGUGGAAAGGCAGAUUGACACUCAGCGCAGCGUACAACGAUGCUUGGCAUGGGAAGAAAGAAGUUUUGGAUGUUUUGAACGGGUGUAAUGACAUCGCAUUCCAGGGAUUGGGUAUCGGAGAGUGUGAACAUGAAACCAACUUAAAGUAG